ACGGCGCGAUGUUCGCUCCCCGGCUACUCGAUUUUCAGAAGACCAAGUACGCGAGGUUCAUGAACCGCCGUGUGCCGGCCCACAAGCGCUACCAGCCCACGGAGUACGAGCAUGCGGCUAACUGUGCCACCCACGCCUUCUGGAUAAUUCCCAGCAUCCUGGGCAGCUCCAACCUCUAUUUCCUGUCGGACGACGACUGGGAGACCCUGUCGGCCUGGGUCUACGGCCUUGGCCUCUGCGGCCUCUUUGUGGUCUCCACCGUGUUCCACACUGUCUCCUGGAAGAAGAGCCAUCUCAGGAUGGUGGAGCACUCCCUGCACAUGUCUGACCGAAUGGUCAUCUACUUCUUCAUAGCGGCCUCCUACACGCCCUGGCUGAACCUCCGGGAGCUGGGCCCCUGGGCCUCGCACAUGCGCUGGCUGGUGUGGCUCAUGGCCUCCGUGGGAUCUGUCUAUGUCUUCUUCUUCCACGAGCGGUACAAGUUGGUAGAGUUGCUGUGUUACGUCGUGAUGGGCUUUUUCCCCGCCCUGGUCGUCCUGUCCAUGCCCAACACCGAGGGCGUCUGGGAACUGCUGACCGGCGGCGUCUUCUACUGCCUGGGCAUGGUGUUUUUCAAGAGUGACGGCAGGAUCCCCUUCGCCCAUGCCAUCUGGCACCUCUUCGUGGCACUCGGCGCUGGCACCCACUACUAUGCCAUCUGGAGGUACCUCUACCUGCCCAGCACCCUGCAAGCCAAGGUGUCCAAAUGAG